AGCACUCCGCCCUCUCCGCUCCCAUCGGCCUCACUCCGGACCGGGCACCGGGCAUGGGGCGAGCAGAGAGGGGCUUCGCUGGGUAACUGCACCCCACGGGGGGCUCACACACAUCCGAUUCUGGUUGCGGGAGAGAGAUUACAUACAUCAGUCCUGUUUGCACGCUAUAGCAGUCCUCGCACACAGGAUAAUCCUUUAGGAUUUCCACUAUACCGCAACUCACCCUAUAGCAAUCUCACACACACAACAUCUAAUACCCCACGGAACACACAACUCACCCUACACAACUCGGCAUAUAACACACGCCCCACGAAUCACACCAUAGAUCGCUUGCAACCCACAAGUUGCUCCAUAAAGAAAUCGCAUUCCCUAAUACUAAUCAUUCUAAAAGUCGCCCCUUCUAUAUUUUGCUCACACCGGGGUUCGCAACAUUGGGACCCUGUAUACUUCAGAUCAUCCCAUAUUAACGCACAUAGCUGCACAACCUAUGACGUUAAUUAUAUAUACUCCACAGUCGAUCACAUACCUUAUAACUUACCCCUGUUCAGUUUUAAUACCCCCCGCCCUGCCUACCCUUCAAAAUGAAUCUGUUCAACCCAGAUAGCCUGUGUGAUUGAUCAAUCACUACAGUGCGACAUCGCAUAUUAAUAACCAUUAUUUCACACACCAAGCCAGCUCUGUCAUUCCCCAAAACAUCCCUGAGGGCUGUUGUAUUUUAUCCCAUCCUGUUUGGUCUUACAGAACCGGUCUGCCCAGUUUCUGCAAGCCAGGAAGUCCACAUACGGGGACGGGCAUAGGACCCAAAACACUUGUGACCUCUUCUUACAGCCUCCUUCAUCUUCCAUACACUGUCACUUUCUGUCUGAGCCACAGAAAGAUUCCUAGUCCCCCCACUUAGAAACCGUCAUCAUUUCCAACAGUGUUAUAUGGUAACAUAAAACCCCUUCUUUAACUUGUCUUGCAAUCCAUUAUUGAUUGCCAGGCUUUUUCUAAAGCGAGGACUCAUAACUUAAUAGGACGUAAAACUUCAUCCUUGUGUAGGUUAGGGCUAGGCUCACGAAUUAUAGGAUUUUUUUUUUAAAUUAUAUUUUUUUUGUGCUGGUAUGGCCAUGGUGUCUGGGGGAUGGGGAGACCCCAAUGGUGACACAAAUGGUAUGGGGAAGGGAUACCCUAGAAAUUCUGAAGAAGAGGAAGCCUCGCCUCAAGGUGGAAUGAGUGACCCAGAGCAAGGAGAUGAAGAACGUCCGGGGAUCCAAGUGGACUGUGUGGUGUGUGGAGAUAAGUCAAGCGGCAAACACUAUGGGGUAUUUACCUGUGAAGGCUGCAAAAGUUUCUUUAAAAGAAGUAUCAGAAGGAAUCUCAGCUACACCUGCAGAUCAAAUCGGGACUGUCAGAUAGACCAGCACCAUCGCAACCAGUGUCAAUAUUGCCGUCUGAAGAAGUGCUUCCGAGUGGGCAUGAGGAAAGAAGCUGUCCAGCGAGGUCGUAUACCGCCUGCUCAUUCCAGUGCCAGCCCCACGUCUGUGCCGGGAGGGGGAGAGUAUUUCAAUGGGCAACCUGUCUCUGAGUUAAUUUCCCAGCUGCUCCGUGCAGAGCCAUACCCCGCGUCCCGCUAUGGAUCCCAGUAUGCUCAGCAGGGCAGUGUGAUGGGCAUUGAUAACAUCUGCGAGCUUGCUGCGCGCCUUCUUUUUAGCACUGUGGAAUGGUCCAGGAGCAUUCCAUAUUUUCCAGAGCUGGCUAUGGCAGACCAGGUAUCUCUGCUUCGAUUGAGCUGGAGUGAACUGUUCGUCCUCAAUGCGGCACAGUCUGCCCUUCCGCUCCACAUGGCACCCUUAUUGGCAGCUGCUGGCUUCCAUGCCUCUCCGAUGUCAGCUGACAGGGUUGUGUCCUUUAUGGACCAAAUUCGGGUAUUCCAGGAUCAGGUGGAGAAACUUAACAGACUGCAGGUGGAUUCAGCUGAAUAUGCUUGCCUGAAAGCUAUUGCACUCUUCACUUCAGAUGCCUGUGGCCUCACUGACCCAGCUCAUGUGGAGAGCUUACAGGAGAAAGCCCAAGUGGCUCUUACAGAGUAUGUUCGAGCUCAGUACCCUUCUCAGCCUCAGAGAUUUGGCCGCCUUCUGCUACGCCUACCUGCCCUCAGGGCUGUGCCAGCGUCCCUCAUCUCCCAGCUGUUCUUCAUGAGGCUUGUUGGAAAAACUCCUAUAGAGACACUGAUCAGAGAUAUGCUUCUUUCCGGCAGUACCUUCAAUUGGCCAUAUUCAUCUGGUCAGUAGCGCCACCUGGUGCUUCAUGUCUCUUCAGUUUUUUCCACCACCAUAGCCAUGCAAUACACACUAACAAGGGGCAGCCUGUGUUGCAACCGCCUCUCCUGGAAUUAUGAAGGCACUUCGAAAAUACUGAGAAAUUGUUUCAAAAAGCCCUCUCUAUUUUCUCAGGCAAUAUGGGACACUGGUUAUAGUUGGGGCCUAGGAAAAGCUUCGGGGACCCAGCUCCUAAAAGAGUCAUCGCUUGGGUGGUUGAACAUUUAAACCACUAGGACUAUAGCGGUUUCUGGCAGUUCUAGGUGAUGCUUUAUAACUUGACUUCAUCAGUUUCAGAAGACCUGAUAUCUGUGAGAAAAUGACUCUUCAAUCCACAAUCCAAGUUAACAAUAUUCUGAUUUACUUGUUGCACACUCUCUCUACCUCUGGAAUCUCCACACUUUGUGUCCCAGAAGAAAGAAAAUGAUUUUAACACUACAAUGUGAUCCUUUAAAAUGUGUUAUAUUUGUACUCGGAUAUCUUAUUCUGGAGAACACUUACUGAAAAUCUUUAUAUCACUCAGAGAGAGAUACCUUGAUAUAUUAGGAAAUAACAGGACUCUCCAUUCUUUAUAUGAUAUCUUACUAAAUUCCAAUGCUUCUUAUGGGAAAUAUGUUUAUUGGAUGUUUGCCAAGACAAAGAAUUGUAACCUUUUCACCCUUAUCUUAAAAUCUAAGCCCUCCUGUCUGCAUCACAACUAAGUAUACUUGUAGAAAUCACUUAGCGAUGGGGCAUUUUCUGUGAGGUAUUUUGUCAUCAAACUUGGCUUAUGAAAUAGGUAACUUCCAAGAACAAUGAAAAAAAUAUACUUGAUUCAUACUUAUGUACACAGAGAUUAAAACAGGAUGGGAAAAAAAAAUCUUUAUAUAUACACUAAAUAUUUUUGUUAUGUUUUCUUAAGUUUGGUGUCUCUUAUUUUGACAAACAAAAAAAGUCCCCUUAAAUCUUUAUUUGCCCUCCCUCUCUCUUUGUGCAUUGUAUAGCCCAUGACAAAAGUAUUGUCUAUAUUGUCUUAAACAUCAUUAAGUCCUAGCCUCUGUCUUUUGGUGCCAAAUAUACAUAUUUUUACAAUACAGAGACCGUAUAAUGAACACUUUACAUGGAAAAGCACUGAUCCCACUAAAACACAUAUGUUAAACUUUAAUUAAGGACUGACCCAAUUUGGCUGCAACCUUGUGAUGGCCACAUUCCAAAGCUCCGUUCUUAGGAUGGUUAAGCCGACACACGUAGAUAGAACACAGCUGCGUGUGAAUAAAUGUGAAUAAAACA